UAAAGGGCGCCUCCUCUACCCUCCUCCUCCUCCUCCCCCUCCCCCGCCAAAAAGAGAGAGAGAGAGAGAGGAGAGAAAACCUCCUCGUUCGUCCGCCCCGAAGACGAGGAGCAAAGGAAGCGCACUACUUUUGACUGUGAAAGGCAGCGUGAUUGAUUGCCUGCGUUUCUGCAAUCAAUUGGCAAGAAUAAGAAUGAGGGCUUGCACGGACUCCAACUCCAAGGAACAAAAGAUUUCAGAGGAUCUUGCUCAUGUGUCGCAAGAAGCUGUAGAGAAGCUCCUGAGGAGGAGCAGACCACGUGGCUCAUCGCUUAAGAAUCAAGACGAAAGUUAUUCCACCAACCAUGGGGUGUCUCUUGGCUUGGCAUGGGGCGAGGCAAACAAGAACAGAGAAAAAGAUGGUGCAGAAAAUGAAGCAAGAGCUGAAAGAGAUAUUCUCAGAGGACAGGUUGAUGAGAAAGGUCUCUCUGUUUCUGUGGAUAUGGAAGAAAUGAGUGAUUCUGACUGGGAAGAUGGUUCCGCUCAUACUUUUAAAUGUAAAGAAAAUGAUCCAGAGACUUCCAUUAAUGGCAUCACCGUUGAAUUGAGCCCAUCCCAGGAUCUUGCCAGAAGGAAGACUAACCGCCGAGCUUCUGCUGAAGAUAAGGAAGUGGCAGAACUGGUCCACAAGGUUCAUUUACUCUGCUUACUAGCUCGUGGGAGGAUAGUUGACAAGGCUUGCGAUGAUCCACUUCUUCAGGCUUCUCUACUCUCUCUUUUACCUGCACGGCUGCUGAAGUUAUCAGAGAACCGAGAACCUACAGGAGUGUCUUUAUAUCCUCUGAUCAGUUGGUUUAGCAAUCAGUUCAAAGUCACAAAACUCUCCAGUGAUGAGAAAUCCUUUCGUUCAGCAUUAGCUCAUGCUCUAGAAGCUAAACAUGGAACCCCCGAGGAGAUUGCAGCAUUAUCUGUGGCACUCUUUAGAGCUCUGAACUUAACAGCCCGGUUUGUGUCCCUCUUGGAUGUUGUCUCCUUGAAGCCAGAAGUUGACAAGUGUGACUCAAUCUCCCAAAAUGCCCAAAGAAAGGGUAGAGGAAUAUUUAAGAAUCCGACGGUCAUGGUAGAUGCACAAAAUCAUGAACCUACAUCCCCUGCUCUGCCAUCUUUAUGCAGCGAGAAGAACGAUUACGAGAAUGGCAAAAAGCUAAAAUUGUCCAAUGCAACAAGUGAAAUGGAUGAUAUUCAAAGAUUAAAAAGGAAAGGGGAUGUUGAGUUUGAAAUGCAGAUGGCAAUGGCUUUUUCAGCGACAACUUUUGAAGUUGACAAAGAUGCAGGGCGAGAAAAGGCAGCUAAUGAAUCAUUGUCUACUUAUCCGAAAAAACAAAGAAGAAUUACAAACGUAGAACUUCCAUCUUCUUCAUCCCAGCCUCUCCCAACUGCAGUUGGAGCAAGAAAAGUUGGAUCUCCUCAGUAUUGGGCAGAAGUCUACUGCAGUGGAGAGAACAUGGUAGGAAAGUGGGUCCAUGUUGAUGCCAUCAAUGGCCUUUUGGGUGGUGAGGGGAGAGUAGAAGCAGCAGCUGCUGCAUGCAGGACAUCUUUGAGAUAUGUAGUUGGUUUUGCAGGAUAUGGUGCAAAAGAUGUGACCCGCAGGUACUGCACAAGGUGGUAUAAAGUCGCACCACAACGGGUGAAUGCUGCUUGGUGGGAUGAAGUUUUGGCACCACUGAGGGAAUUGGAAUCGCGAGCAACAGGAGAUCGUAUCAACUUGCCAUUCCCAAUUGAAUCCGGACUGCAUGAGGAGAUGGAUUUAGAAUCUUCCACGAGAAAUGGUUUUGUUGCUACCCGGAGCACUCUUGAGGAUAUGGAACUGGAGAUGCGGGCAUUGAGUGAGCCUCUUCCAACUAAUCAGCAGGCUUAUAGAAACCAUCCACUAUAUGUUCUUGAAAGAUGGCUCACUAAGUAUCAGAUAAUUCAGCCAAAAGGUCCUCCGCUGGGCUUCUGUAGUGGUUAUCCAGUUUAUCGUCGAAGUAGUGUGCAAAUGCUCAAGACAAAAGAAAAAUGGCUGCGGGAAGGACUUCAAGUUAAACACAAUGAGCUCCCUGCAAAGGUUUUAAAACGAACUGAUAAACAAAGCAAAGUGCAAGCUCAUGAGGAUGAUGAUUGUGAAGAGGCUAAUUUUGAAGGAACUAUUGAAUUGUACGGAAAAUGGCAGUUGGAACCGUUGCUUCUGCCUCGUGCAGCUAAUGGCAUUGUGCCUAAGAAUGAGCGAGGUCAAGUAGAUGUCUGGUCUGAGAAAUGUCUUCCACCGGGCACUGUGCACUUGAGACUGCCGAGGAUAUUUGUUCUUGCCAAGAAGCUAGAGAUUGAUUAUGCACCUGCAAUGGUUGGAUUUGAAUUCAAGAAUGGGCGCUCCGUUCCUGUGUUUGAUGGGAUUGUUGUAUGCUCUGAAUUCAAGGAUGUCUUAUUAGAGGCAUAUGCUGAAGAAAAAGAGAGACAAGAGGCUGAAGAAAGGAAGAGGAAUGAAAGAGAAGCUAUGUCCCGUUGGUAUCAGCUUCUCUCGUCCAUCAUAAUUCGGCAGAAGCUCAACAACUGCUAUGGCAGUGGGCAGCUCGAUAAUCCCGGCAAAAUGGACAAACUGAAUGCUAGAGAUGCUGGUGAAAUUCAGAGUAGGAGCCAACAGCAGGUGGAGAGAAUGGAGAUUGAGCAGCACGACGUAGCGUCAGGGUCAGGAGCACAAGCAGAAGAGCAUGAGCACGUGUUCUUGAAAGAGUACCAGAGUUUUGAUGGCGAGAGUUCACUGCUAACUAAACAAUGUCACUGUGGGUUCUCAAUCCAAGUAGAAGAAUUCUAGAUUUAUGACGUGCUUUCUAGUUUCUGCAGCUUCACGGUCAAGGGAAUUUUUGGUAGGUCUUGUUUGUACAUAUAUGCAUGAUUGAUUUCACUAUUUAGUAACGCAUGGGAAGAGCUUUGUGUAUGGAUUAUGACACACGAGAAAUGCCCCAUUAUUAAUGUUAUCGAAGGACGUGACAGCUGCAUUCAUUUCA